UGAAUAUCCGGUAAAAUGGCAGCGCCCUAUCCCGUUUCCUUUGUUUGUUUACAAAAUACUUUCUGUCUUAAUUUUUGCAGAGAGUCAUGGCAUUGAAUGAUUUCAUAAAUUUUGAUUUGUUUUUAUAAAUUUUGGCACUGCACAAAAUUCAAAUUUCCAACUUGUCCCAAAAUGUGCUCUCAAAGCAAUGAUACUCAGCAUGCAAUUCAGUGAUGAAAAAAAUUAAAAGACAAAAAAUGUCUACAGACAUUUUUGGACUCUCUACACAUGACAUAACAUCAAAUCUUCAUCGUUAUGGGGAGUGCAUUCUCCACUGCAGUAUCCACAUAUCUCGAGGAAUCCAUGAAUUGGACAAUGAUGUGGUUUUACGCUAUGCAUGUGGAAUUGCCAAUAGUGGUGGAGGUAUACUCCACAUGAAGAAUGAAGAUUACAAAAGUGGCGUCUGUUCCAAAGAUUUAGAUAUCUGGUGGAGUGGAAUGGAGAUAAAGCUAGCUGAAAUGAUCUCAUCAGAUGACAUUUGUAACUAUUUUGACAUGGUGGGAAAUUACGAUGACGCUGAUCUGUACCUUUUUAUUAAGUCUGCCGAGCAUAUCUGUACAAUAGACUAUCAUUCCCGUUUACCCACUGACACAGCUACACACGAAGUCAGUUACCAGUCCGUGAUUAAACUGCUCCAAAAAGAUGAAUCGGGAAAACCCCUCUCGGCCCUCCCAUCCAUCCCUACAAACUUCCAAUAUGGUGCUACAAAUGAGCAUCUUAAACAGGAGACUAAGCAAAUUCAAUUCAAACAGCUGUCAAGUCGAUAUUCAAGAGAUGGAAAAGGAACCCCAGAUAAAAUCAGGACCCUGAUAUCAAAAUAUGUGACAGCCUUUGCCAAUCAUGAGGGAGGACACAUCUAUUUUGGGAUUGAUGAUGAUCAGGCUGCUGUUUACGGAGAAGAGAUGACUUAUCAGGAACAAGAGAGAACAGUAAAGCUGGUCCAGUUGAAGAUGGAUGUCAUGAUUUGGGGGAGUUCCUCCUUCAGUGCCCAGAGAGGGAUACAGUGGGACAUUCACUUCUUCCCAGUGCUAAAUGUGCCUCAUAAAAUGAAUCCUCGAGUAGUAGUUGUGGUGUCUGUUUGUAAAUUUCCUGGCGGCGUGUUUUCUGCCACCCCAGAUAGUUACUAUGUCAACACCAAUACCCAGACUGUGGACUGCUGGACAUUUGACCAAUGGAAGAAAGCAAUGCUGAACCCAUUCAGAGAUAAGCCAGAGUUACAUGGACGCUUCAUCAAGCUUCCCCUAACAGUACCUCAGGCACCCCUGGUUUUCUCCUUAAAACACACAAUAAACAGCAUAAAGGCCAAAUUAUUUACAGAGAAAUCAAUGAAGUUUGCUCAGCCUCACCACUACCUGACCACCAUUGAUUGCCUGGACACUAGGGACGUCAUCUGCUCCGUUGUGGACCUGUUUUCUGGAGGGAGACAUCUAUCCCUCUUUGUUAAUUGCUGGGGGCUGUCCGUUCCACUGCCACCCCUCCCCAAAGUGACCUGCGAUUUGUUCAUUGUCAGUGAGACCCGUGGGUGUCACUUAAUCACCUUUGCUACCUCAGAAUCCAAUGCCAUUUGGACUCAUACACAUGAUGUGGCUGCCCAUCUCAAAUACAAGAUGGUGGCCCUCGGUGGAUGUGUUUUCAAAUUUGGUAUUACCACACAUAUCAUCAAUGUUAAAAAUUUUUCAGAUGUUAAAGGCAAUUUUGAAAGGCGGUUCUACCCUUCUCAUUUCGAUAUGUCCUCAGAGAAAUUUGACAGUGUGAUUGACUCACUCAUUGUUACAAUGGCUGCUUACCAACCUGUAGAUUUUACAACCCUAAAUACGACCACUGUGGAAAAUAUUAUGUCUCAGGACUCUUACUUUUUUAUGCUCACUUGUGAUCAGUUUCAACUGCUAUUUACGCAGCAGUUUACUAAGGAAUUGUGGGUACACAGUCCUCCUGGUGGUGGGAAAACAGUAGCAGCUGUCCAGUUUGUUCAAGAGCUAAAACGUAGAGGGUCACAGACAAAAGAAAUCCUGUACCUAGCUGAGAAUGAACUUCUCUGCUCAUAUGUCAGGUCUUUCAAAAUAUGCCAGGUGUCCACACGUCGUGACUUCAUGAAUGCCGGUGAUGACACUUUCAGGGAUAUCAAAAAUGUCAUCGUAGACGAGGCACAAAAUUUCAAAGAUAGAGAUGGAGACUGGUACAGUGCAGCAGAACGUUUGACCAAACCACUGGAAAAUUCCUCACUGCAGCCGACCAGCUCAAAUCAUCUAGAGAAAGAUGGAUUCUUCUGGGUAUUCAUGGAUUACACCCAGAAAGUUCACAAAUAUGAUGCUGGUCUUCCCUCUGUGAUUGGAAAAAACAAUUUCAUGAUGAGCGAAAUAACCCGUAAUUCUAAGGAGAUCUUUGAAUAUGCCCAGCACUUCAUGAAUGGCCCCAUCAAUGUAAAAAAAAUAUCACCAGAAGAUCUAAGAGAGAUUGAAAGCUCGCCUCAUCUUGGUCAUGAAUACAGUUCAGGACAAUCUGUAGAAAUUCUCAAGUGUGACAAAGAACAUCUGAAAGAGAAACUCUUCCAAGUCAUCUCUAAUAUUAUCGACAGUGGAGUCAGUGUCAACGAUUUGGCUGUACUUGUUGGGAGUAAACAAGACAAGCCAGAAAUCACAGCAGACGUGAUGCCACUGACAGAGAACACAAAUCGUGGAGUAGAAGUAGACACGGUGAAGGAGUUCAGUGGACUAGAUCGAGGGACAAUUGUCGGGGUGGAUCCAAAGGUCAAUCCAGAACACGCCGAUUUGAAUAAAUUCAUCCUCAGCUUGGCAACCCGUGCGCGUGAUAAACUUGUGAUUAUUUCUACCUCAGACGAUGUUCAGAAAACACUCAAAUGUGACCAGGAGUCUUGAUACCAAAAUAUAGGCAUAUAAUCAUAGGCAUAAAAUC